ACUACAAGUCCCGUCGUGCCCCGCGCUCACGCGCACUACGCGAGAGCAAGAUGGCCGACACGGCGGCCGGGCCUGGUGGCUCUGGAACGAGAUCAGGAAGUAAACAGUCCACUAAUCCUGCUGAUAACUACCAUCUGGCCCGGAGGAGGACUCUGCAAGUGGUUGUGAGUUCCUUGCUGACAGAGGCAGGAUUUGAGAGUGCUGAGAAAGCAUCUGUGGAAACAUUGACAGAGAUGCUGCAGAGCUACAUCUCGGAAAUCGGGAGAAGUGCCAAGUCUUACUGCGAGCACACAGCCAGGACCCAGCCCACAUUGUCGGAUAUCGUGGUCACGCUGGUUGAAAUGGGGUUCAAUGUGGACACUCUUCCUGCAUAUGCUAAACGGUCUCAGAGAAUGGUCAUCACUGCACCUCCAGUGACUAAUCAGCCAGUGACACCCAAGGCCCUCACUGCGGGGCAGAACCGGCCCCACCCACCACACAUCCCCAGCCAUUUUCCUGAGUUUCCGGAUCCCCACACCUACAUCAAAACUCCAACAUACCGUGAACCAGUGUCUGACUACCAGGUCCUGCGAGAGAAGGCUGCAUCUCAGAGGCGAGAUGUGGAGCGAGCCCUCACCCGUUUCAUGGCCAAGACAGGCGAGACCCAGAGUCUUUUCAAGGAUGAUGUCAGCACUUUCCCCUUGAUUGCUGCCAGACCUUUCACCAUCCCCUACCUCACAGCCUUGCUUCCCUCUGAGCUGGAGAUCCAGCAGAUGGAAGAGACAGACUCCUCAGAACAGGAUGAGCAGACAGACACAGAGAACAUCGCUCUUCAUAUCAGCACGGGUGACUCUGGAGCUGAGAAGGAGAACGCUUCUGUACUGCAGCAGAACUCCUCCUUGUCUGGGAGCCGGAACGGGGAGGAGAAUGUCAUUGAUAACCCCUACCUGCGCCCUGUGAAGAAGCCCAAGAUCCGCAGGAAGAAGUCCCUCUCUUGAGCUGAGAUGGAAACUGCCCUGUAAGGGAGAGGACGCCGCUUUCCUGGGGGCGUGAAAUCAGAGGGAAGAAGAAGGUGACAUCCUUUUGCCCUUGCCCAGGCCAUAUCAUUUUAGUAGCAGCCUUCUCUGAAGACAUCCUGUUUUGCAAACAGGCCAGGGGCUGCUGACAACUUCAUUGAUUAAUCACAGGACUUGAUUCCUUUGAAACCUGGAGGGCCAGGGAAAGUGGCAGGAAAAAAAGGGUCCACUGCUUUGAGCCCUGCCAGGAAGACUGCCAAGUAUAUCUUCCAGGCCACCUGGAUCCCCUGCAUUGACUCACAAGAAUCAUGGCAUUGAUUUACCAGCCCAGAGCCUCAUCUCACUUCUCUCUGCACCUGGGCUCCAAGAUCCCUGCGGAGCUGUUGGAAAGUGACUGUGUAACCCUCAUUGUGCUAGAAACAGGCCCACACUGCAGCUUUGAUCUGGUGCUGGCAGCAGCUAGAAGUGCAUGUCUUAAUGAAGAUGACAGUGGCCAUCAGAGUAGCCUUGAAUCUCUGACCAGCAUUUCAUUAAAGCUGGCCACAGUGGGGGUCAUCCCCUUUGGAACAUGUGUCUUCUGGGAAUGAUGGUCUGACCAGAGCCUGGGGUGUGGUUAGUUCUCCUGGGACUGAUAGAGGAGCCAUGGACUUUAAGCACCAGGAAGAGGACUUAGCAGGUGGGGGUGGGCUUGUUUUGAGGGCUAGGCUUAGCUGAGAAAUACAGCUGAUGGUGGAAUGCCACAGUCUACACCAGAGGAAGUGGGCUGAGAGGGUCCUGCUGAGACCAGACAUGUCAAGAAGCGAGUCUGCCCCGUCCACCUGCACCUCCCGGGAAGAAGACGCCAUCCUUCACUUUCCCCACUAAUCAUGUAACAUGCCUCAAGGAACACACUGUGCAAGUUGCUGUCCUUGCCUGGUUUUGGAAAGUGGUGUUGGAAAACCAAAUCCCAGGAAGAAUGGAUGGACAUGUGGAAAUUGACAUGAAGUGGCUAAGUCCUUCCUUGGAUUGGAACUCUGAGCCUGUGUUUAAUAUUUCUCUCCAUACUCCACCUUGGUGGCUGCUGCUUUUUCACUCUGUCACCCGACACCAUGUGUGUUUUUGAGAAAGGAUCUUGGUCUAUAGCCCAGGCUAUCCCAGAGCUCACUGUGUAUCCCAGGCUCAGUGGUCUUCCUGCCGCAUGCUGCGAUUAAGGUGUGAGACCUGGCUCCCAGCACCUUCCUCGCUCUACUCUGGAGUCUUUGGUCCUUUUGCCUGGAGGAAAAAAAGCUCAGUCUGGAAUUGAUGAAAGGACACGAAGUGGUGAGAAAGUGAGAUUUCUGGGCCCUGAACCAAACAGGAGUAUUUUCAUAGUGACUCAGAACUUCCAGGUCAGAACAAGACCGACACGACUGGAUUGUGAGACUUUGUGAUAUACUUCGCAGCUCAUGGCCCAUCAUCUGAAACCCAGUCCCAAGGUCAGAUAGGAGCUGCCACACCUUGCUCUUCCUGCUCCUUCUAGUUCCCACACUUCUGUACCAUUGUCACUGUCUGAAGCCAACGCCUGUUGGACAUGUAGUGGGAGGUGGGGGUAGGAGGGGCUCCUGCUGCCCUGACCUCAACCGCAACACUGUGAUUUGACCUGACUGAUGUUGUGUUGAGGCAUAGAAUUCUCAAUGUGUAUCUAUAUAUUUCUAUUUUUUAUAAGUUGGGAGAGGCUUCUUAGAGGAAAAAUAAAGUGUCAUUUAUGAAAGCCUGUAAUAAAAUUCAUAAUAAAUCUUA